AAGACUAUGAUACACUUAAAAACCUAUAUAAAAAUAGGUUUUUAAAUACUUCUUCACAAUUUUUGUCAACUGCUGAAUCAUUUUGGAACUAUUUUAAUAAUAGUUACAAUACAAAUUUUAGAGGAAUUGAUGGUAAAAUACGUAUACUAUUAAUAAUUGUAGAAAAAUUUACAUAUCAGAAAUUAAUGGGUAAAUUAGAAGUAAGAAAA